UCUCCAAACCCAUGUCCUUCCAAAACAAAAACUCUUCAUUUUUAUUCCAAAAGGUACACCACUUGAAAAAGAGAGAAAAAAAAUGGCGGAAAGCCCAUCAGCUAAGAGAUGGCUUCCUCUUGAAGCUAAUCCCGAUGUUAUGAACCAGUUUCUCUGGGGACUCGGCGUUCCACCGGACGAGGCAGAGUGCUUUGAUGUUUAUGGAUUGGAUGAAGAACUUCUAGGAAUGGUUCCAAAGCCAGUGCUCGCCGUCCUUUUUCUCUACCCUAUAACAUCAGAGAGCGAAGAGGAGAGGAGAAAACAAGAUAGUGAAAUAAAGGAGCUUAGUGGAGGAGCUUACUUUAUGAAGCAAACUGUAGGCAAUGCCUGUGGAACCAUUGGGCUCCUUCAUGCUGUUGGGAAUAUCACUAAUGAGAUAAAACUUGUUGAAGGAUCGUUUCUAGACAGAUUCUUCAAGUCCACUGCAAACAUGGAUCCUUCAGAGCGUGCUGCAUUCCUUGAAAAUGACAGAGAAAUGGAAGUUGCUCAUUCAGUUGCAGCUACUGCUGGUGAAACAGAGGCUUCAGAUAAUGUAGACGCACACUUCAUCUGCUUCACAUGUGUAGAUGGACAACUAUAUGAGCUUGAUGGAAGGAAGGCAGGGCCAAUUUCACACGGCGCAUGCUCUCCAAGCACCUUAUUACUGGAACGUGCUACAGCACCAGAAGCCCUAACAGAAGGGAUGACCGGACAACACAAAAAUGGGGAGGUCGGCAUUUUUAUAUUCAAGCAGGACCCACGACCCUCACCCCUUCUGGCGGUUUUCUUCUGGCAGUUCAGCAUUAUUGUCUUGCAAAAGCUUACGUGCUGUCAAGUUGGCAAACAGACUGCCACAUUACAGUUAUGGAUGGAGUGACCAAGUUGGCCUAAAAUUUAAUAAUCAACAUGAAAAAGACAAAAAUUGGCAGAAGUAUAUUGUAACAGCAUUUACAACAUUGAACCUCGAGGCUACUCAUUCGGGAGUGUUUCCCAUUUGUUUGCUGUUCUUCCCUGUAAUAUUAAUUUUCUUAGUGACUAUUUUGACAA